AUGGAGGUGAAACCUGUGCUCAUGUUGGUGCUUGUAUCCAUUCUGCUGCUACAUGUUCACAGCGUUGAUGCAGUUUUCCGUAUUGUUUCGAACAGACUGCAGCUCUUUCAGUACGAGUCCGUCUCCUUCCACUGCGAAGGUCUCGACAACUCGACUCAGUUGAAAGGAAUCAGGAACACUGAGGGAUUUAUCUCAGUGUGUGAUGUUACGGUGACGGUCUCUUGCACCAUUCAUAGAGCCUAUCUAACCGACAGCGGAGAAUACUGGUGUGAAACUGACGGAGGAGAUAGAAGCAGCAGCACCAACAUCACCGUCACCGCUGGUUCUGUGAUCCUGGAGAGUCCGGUUCUCCCUGUGAUGGAGGGAAACAACGUGACUCUGAAGUGUAGAACCAAGGAGAUGUCUUCUGAUCUGACAGCUGCUUUCUAUAAAGAUGGACUCCUCAUCGGGAGCAGCUCUGCAGGAGAGAUGAUCCUCCACAGUGUUUCUGGCUCUGAUGAAGGACUCUACAACUGCAACAUCUCCAGUGUUGGAGAAUCUCCACAGAGCUGGUUGACUGUCAGAGCUCUUCACAGACACAUCUGUCCAUCCUCUGGUUCUAACUCACAUGUUUAUCUCAUCCUGAGGACUGUGUUCACCAUCAUCAUGGUGGUUCUGCUGCUGCUGCUGCUGCUGGUUGGACUGAUUCACUGUCAUUCAAACUCAGAGUCACACAGAAGUAGGUGA